GUCCUUGCAGUAAGCAGCGCCGGCUGGGCUGGAGAAGAUGGCGGUGCGGGAGAUGUUGGUGUGGUUUGUCGCCGUGCUGCAGGCGAUCUCAACAUAUGGAGCUGAACUUUCUUCUGAAGCCUGCAGAGAUGUCGGCUUCUCUAGCAAUUUGCUGUGCAGUUCCUGUGACCUACUUUCACAGUUUAGCCUGAAUGAAAUAUCUUCAUCUUGCAGGCAGUGCUGUCAGGAGGAAGCACACUUUGAAUCUAGAAAGCGAUAUGCAGGAGCUAUACUUGAAGUUUGCGGAUGAAAAUUGGGGAGGUUCCCCCAAGUCCAGGCUUUUGUCAGGAGUGAGAAGCCCAAGCUUUUCAAGGGUCUGCAGAUUAAGUAUGUGCGUGGAUCCGAUCCUGUGCUAAAGCUGCUGGAUGACAACGGGAACAUUUCUGAAGAACUAAGCAUUCUUAAAUGGAAUACAGAUAGCGUUGAAGAAUUCUUGAGUGAAAAGCUACAUCGAGUUUAAUUCCUUUUUUUUUUUUUUUUUUUUUUUUAUUAUUAUUGAUCCACAAAUCCUGCUAGUGCAAACUAUUGUGUUUUUCUUUGCAGCCAUUUAUGUUUGUAUUUCUUUAUGUGGUGAUAGAGGGCAAAGAAAACAAAAAUCAAACAAAAAACUUGUUGGAAGAUCACAUGUGGGACCAGGUGCAGUUUUUAAAGGUGGUAGGGUUGGUUGUAACCGCUCUAUUCCUAGCUUAACCCCUUAAGGACACAUGACGUGUGUGACACGUCAUGAUUCCAUUUUAUUCCAGAAGUUUGGUCCUUAAGGGGUUAAAGAGCCUCUGUACCGUCCUUUGAAUAGAGUAGUUUACAAGCUACAAAAAUUAAACAAGUGUAAUGAUACAUAACCAACAAUUUAUCAUGUAUUUGACGUAUGGCUGCAUUUUAAGACACAUUUCAUUUAAUGUUCAUGUGCACAAUGUCUCACAAACGAAUUUAUUUUGGUGAGGCAAAAAUGAUAUACUUCCUUAAUCAAAUAUAGCACAACCUCAGAGUUAAAAUUAACAAAUUUCUUCUAUUUUAUCUCGAAACGUUUUCAAACCUAAACUGUUGGUCAGAAUUAUUGAAACAACCACUUUUGUACUGUUUUUCAGUAAGGGAAGCAAAGAUCUUUUUUUUUUUUUUU